AUGGAUCAAAGUGAUCAGUUAUCACCGUCAACUCUGUCUAAUGUAGGUAACGGUAGCUUUUUACAUCAAUUACAACAGCCUUACAUCCCUAAUAUGAUGGGAUCUUAUAUACAGAGUCCAAACGCAAUGCCUAUGACACCGCCGCCUCAGAUGCCACAGUCGCAGACGCAGCAUUAUAAUAAUCCAGUCUCACCGAUUAUCGACAAUACGAUGCUAAGAACUGACCUGAUAGUAAAAUCUCUUGAUCCAUCCCUGAGUAUCAGAGUAAACAUUUAUGGCGAAAUUGUGACGGUAGAUGGCGCUAAAGUAGUAAUGGCUGACCAGAACGCUACUAAUGGGGUUAUUCAUGUGAUUGACAAAGUGAUGUUUCCCUUACCGAGCGCAGAUAUCCCAACCACCGUAGCUGCAGACAAGGAACUGAGCACACUUCUCACAGCUGUUAAAGAAGGACAGCUUGCUGGUCCUUUAGCCGGAAGUGGACCUUUCACCCUAUUUGCACCAAGCAAUGCAGCUUUCCAAAAACUACCACCAGGCGCACUCGAUGACUUAUUACGUAACAAAACAGCACUUGUAGGUGCGUCAGAAAAAUUCAAUUUUUUUUUUCAAAAACUACAAUUAAGACAAUGAGAUGCAAUUACAUAU